GAGGGGAACGUCGACCUGUAAGAAUAGUGGCUUCAAAUCGUCAAUGGUUGAGUGUUGAUCCAGUGCAGCUAACAAUUUCAGGUCGCCUACCACCGAUUUCUAAACAGGUGUUUCGUCGAUCCUCGUAUCCGUCCCGGUCAAACGCUUGUAGCUUCAAAAUGUCCAAGGCCCGGAAUCAAGUCGGAAAUAAUCGACGUUUACCCCCUCUGUUAUCGAUUACUUCAAGCUCUCCAGAUAUCGAGCAACCCUCACGGAUUCCAAGUCCUUGUUCAAAUUCUGGAGGAAAGCAGCAUAUUAAAAGCCCGUUUGGUAGUCGCUACCACAGAAACUGCUGCUCCCCCUAUCGGGCGCUCUCUCCUGGUCCUGGAUGUUAUCUUGAUACUAUGUCAGAGAACAGAACCAAUCUACGUUUUCCACAUUCUCGAUCCCCCCAGUUCAAUGGUGGCAGCAAGCAUCUUAGUGUAAGUCCUGGAGGGAUGACGAGGAGCACAUCUCAUGAUAACCUGAACAGAAAAGGUUUGAAUCAGAAAGAAGUAGAACAUUUCCUCCAAAAGAAUCCAGAUUUUCUUGAAGACUAUGUCAUCAAUAAUGUUGAAUCGGAGCUUUUAGAAAAAUGGAUGAUCCGAAAUAUUCGGAAAACCUCCAAGAGGUCAACAUCGAAUGAAGUAAAUGGGCGGACGCAGAGGAAAACAAGUCUCUCAAGGUGGAAGUUUUGUGUGCACGCCGACAAAGGAAAGAUGCUACAGGACCUUACUACAAGCCUUUACACAAGUCCUAACAAAGUCCAGGUUUUGUCGGAACUCGCUGCCACUAUCGCUUCUGCUGUGAAUGCAGAAUGUUGGAAUCUGUAUCUGUAUGAUAAAGCAAAUCAGACUUUGCAGAGCUUCACAAGAGAAGACAUAAACCGACCUAACUAUGAAGGACCAAUUUGUAAAAUAUCUAUUGAGAUUGGGACAACCGUGGCUGCUUUUGUAGCACAAACACUAGAGACCGUGAGAACAACUAACAAAGAACGGGAUCCCAGAUUUCCAGAUGGCGUACCUGUUGAUCCAAAAUUAGUUGCUUAUAUUUUGGCACAUCCAAUCAGACUGUCUAAUGGAGAACUAACAGGGGUCCUAGAAUUGUAUAAAAAAUCAGAAGAUGGCCCAUUUCACGAGGAAGACGAAGAGGUUAUCAACAGUUAUCUAGUGUGGGGAGGAAUUGCUCUUCAUUAUGCUGAGAUGUACAGUAACAUGGCACGUCAGCGCAAACUGAACAACUUCCUUUUGGCUGUAGUCAGGUCCAUCUUUCAAGACAUGAUCUCCAUGGACUCUGUGAUUGUUAAAAUUAUGACAUUUGCACAGAAGCUUGUAAAUGCUGACAGGGCUUCUCUCUUCCUAGUAGAUGGACACUCCAAAGAACUAUAUGCUAGGAUAUUUGAUGUUAGUGGAGAGCUUGACGAUGGCUCAUUUAAAGCCAUUUUAGAAGCAUCAAAAGAAAUCAGAUUUCCAAUUGGGAAAGGAAUUGCAGGCCAUGUAGCUCUAACAGGAGAAUCUCUGAAUAUUUCAAAUGCCUACAAUGAUGAAAGAUUUAACAGAACUGUAGAUCAACAAACAGGAUACAAAACACACAAUCUGUUGUGUAUGCCCAUCUUCAUAAGAAACAAUAUAAUUGGUGUUGUUCAAAUGGUAAACAAAGAAGGUGGACCAUUCACAAAAGCUGAUGAAGAAGCCUUUGCCACAUUUGCUUCAUAUUGUGGACUGGCUUUACAUCAUGCAAAGUUAUAUGAUAAAAUUCAACGGUCUGAAAAGAAAUACAAGGUGGCACUAGAAGUCCUCUCAUACCAUAACACAUGUACAGAGACGGAAGUAAAUGAGAUUAAGCAGUCCCCUGCCUUACCAAAUACAGCUGCUUUGCAUGAUUUCAGAUUUUCUCCAUACUCAUUGGAUUAUGAUCAAAAAGUCUUAGCAGCAAUUCAUAUGUUUGUAGAAUUGUUUGGACUUCAAAAGUUUGACCAAGACAGUCUUGUUCGUUUCACCAUAACAAUACGGAAGAACUAUCGUCGUGUUCCAUAUCAUAAUUGGGCUCAUGGAUUUAGUGUAGCUAAUGCUAUGUAUGUUAUCAUUAAAAAAUCACGGGGAACUUUCAAGCCUUUAGAGGAAUUGUCACUUUUUGUAGCAUGUUUGUGUCAUGACUUAGACCAUAGAGGGAAGACUAAUCAGUUUCUGGUGAAAUCAGCAUCUCCUCUAGCUGCCAUCUACACUACCUCCACAUUAGAACAUCACCAUUUUAACCAGACUGUGUCUAUCCUUCAGCAAGAUGGACACAACAUUUUCAAGAACUUAACUUCAGAUGAAUAUAAACAAGUCUUAGGAAAUAUCAAGCACUGUAUCUUAGCAACAGAUUUGGCAUUAUUUUUUCCAAACAAAGCUAAACUAAAAGAAAUAAUAGAUGAUGGUAGAUUUGACUGGAAACAUCCUGAACACAGACUUCUUCUUGAGGCUAUUGCUAUGACUGCCUGUGAUCUUUGUGCUAGUACAAAACCCUGGGAACAGCAAGAAAGUACAGUAAAGGUGAUCUUUGAAGAAUUCUAUGAACAGGGUGAUGCUGAGAGGGCACAGGGAAGAGAUCCGGUGCCUAUGAUGGACAGAACAAAACUUCAUGAACAGCCUGCUUCACAGAAUAUUGGUGUGAUCAUCAACUUCUCCUCAGCUGCAUCCUUGAAACUUUUCACAGGCAUAUCCUAUGAAAUAGGUACAUACUUUAUACAGACAACCGAGAGCAACCUUGCUCAGUGGCAAGCUCUGGCUAACCAACAAAGCAGCUCACUGGAGAAUCAAACAAAAGCCAUUCAGUAUAAGGAAGAACGUGUAAGUGAAGUAAAACAAGCCCUGGAAGAUUGUGAAGAAGAGAACAAUAUAAAUGAAGAAUUCGACCAGGAACAUGUCCAAAACAAAGAAAUUUUUAAACCAGAAGACCAAAGAGAUAGUUUGUCUAAUUAG